GGGACAUCCAGUGAGGACAUGAAAAUGGAAAAUACAACUGUGCUGACAGAGUUUGUUCUUACAGGACUUACAAAUCAAUCACAGUGGAAAAUUCCACUGUUCUUAGGGUUCUUGCUAAUAUAUCUCCUCACCAUCAUGGGGAAUCUGGGACUCAUUGCUCUUAUCUGGAGUGACCCUCACCUUCACAUCCCCAUGUACUUGUUCCUUGGGAGUUUAGCCUUUGUGGAUGCUUGCUUGUCAUCCACAGUGACUCCAAAGAUGCUGGUCAACUUGUUAGCCAGAAAUAAGAUGAUAUCUCUCUCAGAAUGUAUGAUACAAUUUUUUUCCUUUGCAGUAAGUGCAACCACAGAAUGCUUUCUGUUGGCAACAAUGGCUUAUGAUCGCUAUGUAGCUAUAUGUAAACCUUUACUUUAUCCAGUGAUUAUGACAAAUGGACUAUGUAUCCGGCUCUUAGUCUUGUCAUUUGUGGGUGGCUUUGUUCAUGCCUUAAUUCAUGAAGGAUUUUUACUCCAAUUAACCUUCUGUCAUUCCAAUGUAAUACAUCACUUUUAUUGUGACAUUAUACCCUUGUUAAAGAUGUCCUGUACUGAUCCUUCUAUUAAUAUUCUGAUGCUUUUUAUUUUGUCUGGCUCAAUUCAAGCAUUUACCAUUGUGACAGUUCUGGUAUCUUACACAUUUAUUCUCUUUACAGUCUUAAAAAAGAAAUCUGAAAAAGGAAUAAGAAAAGCCUUCUCCACUUGUGGAGCCCAUUUGUUGUCUGUCUUGUUAUACUAUGGCUCUCUUCUCUUCAUGUAUGUUCUCCCUGCAUCUCAACAAGCAGAUGAUCAAAAUAUGGUGGACUCUCUGUUUUAUACAAUCAUAAUUCCUUUAUUAAAUCCAAUUAUCUACAGUCUGAGAAAUAAGAAUGUUAUACAUUCAUUAACAAAAAUGUUAAAGGGGAAUUUUUAG